AUGCAAGCCCUCCACUACCACCCUUUCCUCUUCGCCCUCAUCACUCUCGUCGCAAUGGCUGAACUAGGCCUUGCCGCGUGGCUCGUCAGCUCAAAGUCCCUCGACUUUCCACGAUUCAAUCACCGAUACUACUCGAUGCUAGACAUGAUCCUCUUCGAUGCCGUCUGGACCACCGUCUUCUCCACGGCCUACAUGCUCUGGAUCAUCGCGGGAGCAGUUCACAUCCUGGCAAGCAUUGCCAGCUCUGCCAUCUGGCUCCUCAUAACCUCCAUACUCUGGGGUGUUGCUGCAGGCAUUAUGCACGACAAUCGUAUUGGAGGAGCCUGUUCUGGCACCCCGGCCCUCUCACGGUGCAGGCAAGCUCUUACCGCAGAAGCGUUAGGCUGGACUGCAUUCGGUUUAUGCCUUCUGACCCUCAUCACCACCAUUGUCUGGGCCCGCGGAAGCAGGAAGAGUUAUAGAGAUAGCUUCUACGCGUCACCUUGAUGCUUGAUCGUCGGAGGCUCGUUGCGAAAUAGGACCGUGGCCCUCCACAGACCGGUCCCCCUCACAAUAGACGUUACCUUAACCUCUGCUUGGUGUGUACCAUAAUCCUUCUAUAGUCGUCUCUCGCCGGGCAGUGCCUUCGUUGUGCUCGUUUCGCUCUUUCAUGAUGUCAUUCCUAAACUACGAUUACCUCUAAAGGCCUCCUGUGUAUUUAUACUCCAGGUGCUACGCAUAUGUAUGUUAGCUUCCUGGUCUAUUU